ACAUAUCACAAUUAAUUUAUCUCUGAGAUAAACGCGCGCGCAUUGUAAACAAAUGAACUCAGUGAAUUCAGUGAUAGUUAGAUCUCGGGUCGCGCGCACGUCAAAAUGGUUGUGAGCAAGAGAGUAAAUGAAGAUCUGCAGAGAGAAAGGGACAGAUGCACGUUCGAUGUGCGGGAGUUGACACAUUUUCUGGAUGGAGGGGAGAAGAUUACAAAGUACCGGAAAGAUUUGGAGAACAGAGUCCUGAACGUCAAAGGACUAAGAGAUGAAAUUCCCGAAGAAUAUCUGAGCCACAAGGAGCGGUAUGAGAACGCAGUGCGGAAGGCGGUUAUCCUGCAUCAGGCCUUGGGAAACCUGGAUGAGAAUAACCUUAACGUGGAGGAGAAAGCCAGGUUAGCCCUCCGCACCACGAUAUCCUCAGCCAUCUUCAAGGACAACUCUCCUCUGAUGCUGCACUAUUCCAUGUUCACCAACGUCAUCACAGGGCAGGGGGAUGAGGAGCAGCAGGAAUACUGGCUGCCGAAGAUCAGGAAUAUGGAAAUUAUUGGGACGUAUGCUCAGACCGAGUUAGGCCACGGCACAUUCAUCCGUGGUCUGGAGACGACGGCCGAAUAUGACCCCAAGACUGAAGAGUUCGUUCUGAACAGCCCCAAGUUGACGGCUUACAAGUGGUGGCCUGGAGGACUGGCCCACACAGCGAACCACUGCGUCGUGAUGGCUCACACCUACAACCGGGGCAAAAGCUGCGGCAUCCAGCCCUUCAUCGUCCAGAUCCGGGACUUAGAAACCCACAUGCCAAUGAAGGGAGUGAAGCUGGGAGAGAUAGGAGCCAAGCUGGGCUUCAACACUGUCAAUAAUGGGUUCUUGGGAUUUGAGAACCAUAGGAUACCUAGAGAUAGGAUGCUGAUGAAGUAUUCUCAGAUGAAGAAGGAUGGCACAUUCGUGUCAGGACCCAACAGCAAGCUAAUCUACGGAACCAUGGUCUACAUCAGAAUGACUAUCCUGUGCCUCAUGGGCAACUGCCUCGGCAAGGCAGUUACCAUCGCCACGCGGUAUGCGGCUGUUCGGAGGCAGUCGCAACCUAAACCUAAUGAACCAGAGCCCCAGAUCCUCGACUACGUGACGCAGCAGCACAAGCUGUUCGUGUCCAUAGCAACCAGCCACGCGUACUACAUGAACUGCUACCGACUGUGGACUAUUUACAAGAAGGUCAACGAUGAGCUAGCCACCGGGAACCUGGAGAACUUGGCUGAGCUGCACGCCCUUUCCUGCUGUCUCAAGGCCACAACCACAGCAGACACUUCAAUACUAGUGGAGCGCUGCCGAACAUCUUGUGGAGGUCAUGGAUACAUGCUGUCCUCGAAUCUACCACAGACUUACGCCAAUGUAACUGCAGCUUACACUUAUGAGGGGGAGAAUACUGUUCUCCACUUGCAAACUGCGAGGGCUUUGAUGAAAGCUGGUACGCAAGUUGCAACAGGACAAGCGGUGAGCCCGUCCAUGGCUUACCUGGCCAACCGCAACAAGAUGACCAAAUGGGAUAAUUCUGUCAACGGCAUAGUUAAGGGAUUCGAGAAAGUAGCGGCCGGGAAAGUGGAAGCGUGUCUGUACAGCAUGCAAAGGCACAUGAACGACGGCAAGAGUCAAGAGGACGCGUGGAACCUAACUUCGGUGCAGCUGGUGGCCGCUUCCGAGGCUCAUUCGCGAGUGAUUCUCCUAUCAGUUUACAAGUCAGAACUAGAAGCGACCUCCUUCGCUCUGAGCGGGGAAACGAGAACAGUACUACAUCAACUGUUAGAGCUAUAUGCGAUCUACUGGGCCCUGGAACGACUGGGUGACUUAUUACUGUAUACCCCCAUAACCGCAAAGGACGUGCAAGAGUUGCAGCAGCGGUAUGAGACGCUUCUGGGGAAGAUCAGACCCAAUGCCGUGGGUCUGGUAGACGCUUUUGACUUCAGAGACGAGGUCCUCAACUCCGCUCUGGGUGCGUACGACGGGCGAGUGUACGAGCGCCUCAUGGAAGAGGCCCUGAAGAGUCCCCUCAACGCUGAACCCGUCAACCAGAGCUUCCACAAGUACCUAAAGCCCCUCAUGCAGGGGAAAACGGUACCUCAUAAACUAUAAACUUCUUACGUCUGAACUGACAGUUUUUUUAUGGCGUGCUAGCAUGAGUUACGUUCUAGCACGCGAAUCCACAAUCCACAGGUCUUGAGUUUUUGCGCGAAUUGCAGUACGUAUGGACCUGUGCGCGAGGAUGCCACUCAUUCUAUACAGUUGAUGUUAAAAACUUCUACUCAAAGCGGAAGUUGAACAAAGUUGUAUCUACGUUACAAAAGUUACUCUAUACUUACUGUGGUACUUACAUUUUUUUUAAUUUGUCUGAUAAUAACAUAUUGGUGAUGGAAAUUGGCCAAAGAAAGGUUGUGAAAUUUUAGGUGUUUUAAUUGGAAAUACAUUUUAAUUUAGUUGGAAGAGAUUUUUAUACGAUAUCUUGAUAUUUAGAUGUGAAUAUGUUCUCAUUCCUUUCCUUGGGAUGAUUUAUAGAGGUACCAAAAUGAAAAGUUUGUUUUUUCUGUAUGUAAAUGUAUAAAACAACGAAAGUAAA